UUUGUCAUUCUUAACUUUCAUCAGAGUCAUAUGUAUAGUCUAGUGCGAUGAGUUAGCCCUGUGGAUGCCAGCUCAGUCAUGGCAGAGUAACAGCACCACAGACACCACACAUCUAGCUGUCCACCGAGAAGAAGAUGUUCUACAAAAUGAGCACACAGUUUCUAAAUCAACAUAAGAUGGGAUGAUUCGCCGACUGAAAUUAUCUUCGAGAUUGUUCCAAAGACUUUCUUUGAACAAGUUGUGUGGCUUUGUCUAAGGCAUUCAGUCUGAAUGUAUAACGGUUUCCAUGUUGCAUAGGAAUGAAGACAACGAAACCUGACUCCUGUAACCAAACACCACCCACACACAGCUUGUAUCUGGUGUCAGCAUGUGCCAGCCGGACCCAGCUUGAUUUUCAUUCCACCCCAUACUUAGUUGUAUGAGUUCACCAAACUGUGAACGUGUAAUAUUAUCAGAUCCACACUUGAUGACUGGAUGAUGGGCAUCCUGAGCAGUGAUUGCCCACUCGACAUGAAAAUAUUGACAUAAUAUGAAAUAUCAGCAUGUCUAGCCCCAGAUGUUACUGUAACUGUAAGCCUACAUGACAAGGACAAAAAUGGUUUUCAAAAGGUUACAGUUGAUAUUUUUUUGGUCUUAGCAAACAAAAUGUGUGAUGUUGUUUCAGUCUUUAGUCUUUGGCUUUUUAAACUACACCUCUGCUCACACAGUAUGUGCUGUGGGCUGGAUUGGGUGUCACUCACUCUGAUCCUAUUGUUUAUUGUAACACCGUCACUCUGGCUAUCCCAGGAAUCCAAACCCACCUAGUGAAGACGAGGGAGUCCAGUUCUGUCACCGAAACAACACUCUUAUCCAUUUGGACCAAGAAGACUGCUUCCCAUGUCUGCACCAGGAGAAGAAAAGAGACUUCUCAGGAUCAGUUGGGGGUUUUUUGCCAUUCACAAAAGGCUGAAAAAAUAAAUCUAUCCCAUUGAUUUCAUCUAUACCACUGCCCAGUGUUUCAUCCUCCCUUCCUUCACCCUCCUUUAUUCUGAGUCAGAGCUCCAGCAGCCAGAUGGAGCCCAAGUCCUCACUAAACCACAGCAUCCCGCCUGAUUUAAAUAGCCAUUAUCACUUUGGUUAUGGAGGAGCCAUCACAUCUGAGAAAAUCACCACUCAACAACAUUAUAACAAUACUGGCAGAAAGAAAAGUAAAGUUCGUCUCAAUGACCAGCUCAUACCAAAACCAACUGAUAUAAAUAUGGCGGAGAAAAUGAUCAAGAUUGCAACUCCAAAACAGCAUCCCUAUUCAUCCCACAUCUCCCAGUUUGCAAUGUUCCCAUCCUUCCACUCUCCAGAUGACCAUGAAACAGGAGUCAUAGCUGCCUCCCAAACUUUCCUCAACCCCCUGAUCCCAAAUAGUGCGCAGGACGUCACUCUGCUGAGCAAAACUAUAGGUAGUCCAUAUAGACAUGAGAUCUUGGAGACACCCAUCAAAACCAGGAAGAAAGCUGUUACAUGGACUAGAGAACACAGCUUCUUGGACCAUACAAAGCCAUUGAAGGGAGAGAACCAGGUUUUCUGCCCCACUCCUCCAAAGACAGUGCUGCCCAACCCUAAACAUUGUGACUGGGAUUUGUCGUUAUCUGAGCGGACAAGCAACAUGCUGAAAAAUUUAGAGAGGACUCACUGGGUCACCUCUUACCAAAUGCACUACACAGUAUCAGGGCCAGCAAAUCCUCUAAAGAUAGAUGACUUCAAGGAAAGAAUGAGUGAUUGUACUGGGAUGAAUUCACAUACUGCACCACUGAGAGAAAGGUCCUUUCCUGUGUUUGUUCCCUCUAAAGCAAGAGGAGGAUGUAGAAGAAGACAGGGGAGCCUUGGUAGGAGGAGCACCUGCAGUCCUGCUGCGGCUGAACUCCAAAACCAAGGCACUGCUUCAGCUACUAUAAACCAACAUAGGCCACAAGAGAUCACAGCUAAGCAUAAUGAGGCACAACAUCUAAACCAAAGAGGACAUAGUAAAUCAAUGUACAGCCCUGGCUCCACAGAAGCACAGAGCACUGAGCUGUCUCAGGAGGUUUUACAACAAACUGAGAGCAAAAGCUCUGCGUAUGAGGGCAGGAAGAGAGAAAACUGCCAAGUCCAUUUUGAUGAAAGUCCCAUGCAAGUGUCACAGAGCAGCCAAGAGGCUAACGCUGCCCGGAUCACAGACACAGAGCGACCCCUGGACCUAUACAACCACCCACUAUCCCAGGGAGAGAUGGAGGUCAACAGAGAGCAAAGUCUGAUGGAGCUGUGUAUAAAUUGUGAACCAAGUAGCAAAAAGGAGUAUUUUAAAGCUGGAAGAAAUGUAUCUAGCCUUUGUGAGUCAGCUGUAGCCAAAGGCAUUGAAUCACAUGCAGAGUUAUUAUCAAAGGCAGCUUCACAGCAGGAGAAACUGGCGCAGAUCAGAGCGCUGCCACGCAUUAUCUCUAACCCCUGUAUCCUGCCAAGGCCUCCUGUCCUGCCUGGCAUUCGCCCAGUGGACAGAGUUGGGACUGUGGGUAGAGAAGGUGCAGCUCUCAGCCUCCUGGACCUUCAAAAUUCAUUCAGUAAGUCGACGGCCCAUCGCAACUUUAACAGCUCCAUCACACGUGCUGCUGUGAACCUGAACGACAAUGUAGUCACAGGGAAAAAACAUGACUUCUUUGGGAUAAACUCUUACUACCUCCAUGGAUAACAGGGGUCGACAUGAAUGUUAACAUCCUGGAAGCAAAUAAUAGCUGUAAUAAUUAGAAUCUUAGAAGCAAGUGAAUACCUAAUUGAAAAAUGUAACCUCUACUGAAUAGUUAAUGUUGAAAUGUAAACACCACUGAGUUUAUAGCAUUGAAAUAUUUUACUUCAAAAAUCAUCUGACUUUAUGUGCUUUGAAUUCCACUUGAAUUUUCCAGAAGGUCAUCUAAAAUGGUGAAGUUUCAAAAACUUGAUUAGGGUUGACAAAUUCAGUGUCUAAUAUUUAGAAAAAUUACAUCAAGUUGCUCAGUUAGUCUAAGUCAGAUCUAAAACAAAUCUGUCAAAAAAUCAGGUUGCUCAGGUUGAAGUGGUCAAAUUCAAACCCCAAGGCUACCAAGAAUAAGCAAUCGAGCCUGAGAGGAAUCCAUCUGACUUCUGUCCUUUCGCGUUAUGUUCUGUCAGUCAUGUGAUGCAAGGUUCCAGUCUGCCUAAAAUACAAGAGGAAGAAGAAUCCUUGGUAGCCUGGAUGUUAAAGGUUGAAUUUUUCAUCUUGAAUUUGGCUGAUUUAAAUUUUUAAAACAGAAUUUGAGCAACUUGAAAAGAGUUUCUUGAAUAUGGACAUUUAAAAUAUUCUAUCUGGAUUUGUCGACCUUGAAAAAACCUAGAGGAGAAAACCACAUAAAUCAAAGCACAUCAAUUCAGAUCGGUGGUUUUCAAAGUGAAAUAUUUGAAUGUAAUAAAUUCAGAGGUGUUUCAAUUUCAACAUAACCUAUACAGUUGUGGCUAAAGACUCUAUUACGGCAAUAAUUUGCUUCUAUAACAUCCAUGCCAAACACUGGUUGGCACAAAAACAAAGGGGGAUUAUAAAGGUUGUAAGAUUUCUCAUAUGUUCACAAUAAAAGUCUGCGACUCAUCAUUUCUUUUAAGCAA